AUGUGGAGCUUUUUGUUUUUAAUUUUACUCAAUAGUUUACAGGUAAAAGGUGGUUCGCAAUUUAGUAACUGCGUAGGUGGUUUAAAUUAUCAAGGAAUCAUCAACUAUGUUGAUAACAGUAGCAAUAAUAUCUUUACUUAUGGAUACACGUUUGGUUGUUUUAAUGGUAAAUGUACUGGAUUUCCUACCCCUUUCGCUGAGCUAGAUAUAACCUUUCAAUGUAAUAAUCUUACUAGUCAGUCAAGGUUUUGCAUCACUACUGGUUCUAAUACUAAUGGAGCAAUUGGAGGUUUAUGCGGAGGAAUACUUGGUGAUACACCAGCAACUAGUUUAAUAACUAAUGAAUCAACAAUUGGAUGUCCUUCUCUUGACGCUGUAUCUAAUGCACUACGAUAUGGUCCGACUACCGACACAGCUUUCACUUGGUUAUGUUGUGCCUCGAAUAAUUGCGUAGCAUUAAACAAUGUCACGGUAAAUAAUGGCUGGGCAACAACAAACUGCGGACAUGGUUAUUUAUACAACAGUUUAAUGUGUUUCACUGAUAAUGGCGGUUGGACAUGUGCUGGUGGUCAGGACAAUGUAGUAGCUGUGAACAAGAAAGCAGUAUCAUCCAUGUUUACUGGUAUUAGCUCAACUAGUGUUAAUAAGUGUAUAUUACAAGUGGGAGGAAUAGGGUUUUCUAGUAAUCUGCUUUCAAGCACGUCUAAUGGAUCCAACAUUUCAAACUUAUUCAAUUCAAAUGCUGCCUGUGAAGUUAAUCGUCCUAUACUUAUAGCUACUACCAUUUUCCUAGCUGCUCUUUUACUUUUGGCUAUUAUUUUAGUUUUUUAUUAUCGACACCAGUAUAAAAAGUUGUCAAUGGUAUACCAGGAUACCAAGGAUACCAAAGGAUACCUAUCUCAAGUAGUAGAUAGUUCUACAUAA